GGGGUGGGGUCACCGGCGGCGGCGGCGGCGGCGGCACCCGCCCGAGGGCGGGGGGUGGGGGGGUCAGAGUGGUGUCGGGGAGGCUAGGCAGCGGGCCCUGCCCCCGAAGGGGAGAAGUGGCGACUCCGGGGGCCGGCGCCAGGGAUCUGCCAAGGUUUGUGAGGCCGCCGCGGGCCCCUUCUUCUGGCGGCCAUCCGCGUGCAUGGUGAUCCGGGACGGGGCCGCCGCCGCCGCCAUCUCCUCCUCUUCCUCCUCCUCCGCUACCGCCUCCUCCUCUUCCUCCUCCUCCUGGGUCGGGCCGAUCCCCUCCCCGCGGCCGCCUCCUCCUGGGCUGGGCCCGUGGUGCCUCGUCCCCUCCCCGAGCCGUUCCUGCAGCCGCCGCCGCCGCCUCCUCAUUCAUCCUCGUGCACCAUAGGCGGCACAGGUUCCAAGAUGUCCAACCGAGUGGUCUGCCGGGAAGCCAGUCACGCCGGGAGCUGGUACACAGCCUCAGGUCCUCAACUGAAUGCACAAUUAGAAGGUUGGCUUUCACAAGUACAGUCCACAAAAAGACCUGCUAGAGCCAUUAUUGCCCCCCAUGCAGGAUAUACUUACUGUGGGUCUUGUGCUGCUCAUGCUUACAAACAAGUGGAUCCAUCUAUUACCCGGAGAAUAUUCAUCCUUGGGCCUUCCCACCAUGUGCCCCUAUCUCGAUGUGCACUUUCCAGUGUGGAUAUAUAUAGAACACCUCUGUAUGAUCUUCGUAUUGAUCAAAAGAUUUAUGGAGAACUAUGGAAGACAGGAAUGUUUGAGCGCAUGUCUCUGCAGACAGAUGAAGAUGAACACAGUAUUGAAAUGCAUUUGCCUUAUACUGCUAAAGCCAUGGAAAGCCAUAAGGAUGAGUUUACCAUUAUUCCUGUAUUGGUUGGAGCUCUGAGUGAGUCAAAAGAACAGGAAUUCGGAAAACUCUUCAGUAAAUAUCUAGCGGAUCCUAGUAAUCUCUUUGUGGUUUCUUCUGAUUUCUGCCAUUGGGGUCAAAGGUUCCGUUACAGUUACUAUGAUGAAUCCCAGGGGGAGAUUUAUAGAUCCAUUGAACAUCUAGAUAAAAUGGGCAUGAGUAUUAUAGAACAACUAGACCCCGUAUCUUUUAGUAAUUACUUGAAGAAAUACCAUAACACAAUAUGUGGAAGACAUCCCAUUGGGGUGUUACUAAAUGCUAUCACAGAGCUCCAGAAGAAUGGAAUGAAUAUGAGCUUUUCAUUUUUGAAUUAUGCCCAGUCAAGCCAGUGUAGAAACUGGCAAGACAGUUCAGUGAGUUAUGCAGCUGGAGCACUUACAGUCCACUGAAGCUCUGAAUACUCAGGGAUACCACCUGCACAUACUCAUUCUCUAAAUGGGGUCCCAGCCUAGCCCUUACAAAGAUACAGUUCCUGGUCUUUGGGGAUACUGAAACCUCAAAAUUAAUAGAACUUUCUUCUCUUCUUUUCUAGUAGGUGUAGUCCUUCCUUAAUUUCGACUCAUUAUAAAAUGCUUUCUUAUUUAGGACAAUGGAAGGAAGGAAGGCUGGCAUCAAAAAAUUUUAUGAUUUAAAAAAAUGAUGAUGGAUGUAAAGUCAUGGCGGCAGAUGGUCCUUCAAAUACAACUGUAAAGCAUUUACCAUACUCUAAAUUUGCACUCUUUGCAGAUCUGUGCACAUAUAUUCAGCUUUCAGAAUAGUUUUGCAAAUUGUAAACAAACAAAAAAGGGUGGAAGCUUUUUAAUAAUGAAAAUUGCAUUUAUAAAUGAUCUGUAUUAGAAUAUAAUAAAUCUCCAGUAUAGUCAACUACUACCCGUGUUGUACAACAGAUACCUUCUAUUUUAGUUGCUAAUAAAGGGCUACACAACUCAAAUUA